AUGGCUGAAGCUGGGUACUUUCCUGGUGUUAUAUGGUAUUUUACCCUGUGGUAUGUAAGAAAAGAUCAAGCAUUUAGAAUGUCAAUUUUCUUCUCAGCUGGUAUAUUAGCUGAUGCGUUCGGUGGAAUAUUGGCCUAUGGUAUUGGACAGUUGGAUAAUAAAGGUGGUUUAACCGCAUGGCAGUGGCUAUUUCUGCUUGAAGGCGCACCAACUGUGUGCUUAGCAAUUUUGACCUUCUUUUUUCUCGCUGAUUUUCCUGCAAGAGCUAAAUGGCUCAAUCAAUGUGAAAAGGAUCUUUUGGCAGAUCGUUUACUCAGAGACGCAGAUGUAAUUGUGGACGAUGGAGGCGAUAUGUCAUGGGAACAAAUAAAAUCUGCUUUUCUUGAUUGGCAAGUUUUAUUUUAUAUGUUAAUUUAUUUUAGUACAGUAACACCGGCGUGUGGUGGUAUUGGUGGUAUACUUAGUGGAUUUAUUUAUGGAAUAAAAAAUGAUUCACCAUACUAUCGUAAAGGGCAUGUUAUUACGCUCGGAUUUAUGUGUUGUGCAUUACUACUUGUACUCGUAUUCAAAUUCUUAUUAAAACGUGAAAAUAGCCGACGUAAAAGUUUAACACCUGAACAAUUUGCACUAGAAGCUGUUGUUUCAAGAUUUUCAGAUAAGCAUCCUCGAUUUCGUUACAUUACCUAG